CUCCUAGGAAAGGAAGUGUCUGGCACAGCAUUAGGCGGCAGGGGACUCAGGAUAGAAGCUAGAGGCCUGGUCUCCAGGGCCUUUCUGAGGUGGCUAGACUCCUAGAGGCCUAAGGAGCCACUUUAUUCUGCCUCUGGCUGGUGGAAAGGAAGGGGAAGGGGUGGGCAGAGGAAACUCUGGCCCCCCCAUCAGCCUAGGAUUUGGAGCAGUUCCAGACCAUUGUGUCCAGCAGGCAGCCUUCAGUUCGGGAAGGGGUGGCCCCAGGCUCCCCUCCCCCAGCCCUCACAUCUGGUGGGCUGGCCACACCACAGCUGGGAGGAGCGGCUGUGGUCUGCGCCCAGCCUCGUGACUGCCCCAGGGGCUGGGGCUGUGUUUUCCCCAAAGCGUCAGAACCAGGAUGCUCCAGCCUGGGGGUCCAAAUUGGUGCCUUCGGUUAGUGAGUAUAAAGAAGGUUCUGACUUUGGAGAAGGGGGACAACCAGACCUUCGGCUUCGAGAUCCAGACUUAUGGCCUUCACCACCGAGAGGAGCAGCGUGUAGAGAUGGUGACCUUCGUCUGCCGAGUUCAUGAGUCCAGCCCUGCCCAGCUGGCUGGGCUCACGCCGGGGGACACCAUCGCCAGCGUCAAUGGUCUCAACGUGGAAGGCAUCCGGCACCGGGAGAUUGUCGAUAUUAUCAAGGCGUCUGGCAAUGUUCUCAGACUGGAAACUCUGUAUGGGACGUCCAUUCGGAAGGCAGAACUGGAGGCCCGCCUGCAGUACCUUAAGCAAACCCUGUACGAGAAGUGGGGAGAAUACAGGUCGCUAAUGGUACAGGAGCAGCGGCUAGUGCAUGGCCUGGUGGUGAAGGACCCAAGCAUCUAUGACACACUGGAGUCCGUGCGCUCCUGCCUCUACGGCGCAGGCCUGCUUCCCGGCUCGCUGCCCUUUGGGCCUCUGCUCGCUGCGCCUGGGGGUGCCCGCGGGGGUGCGCGGCGGGCCAAAGGGGACACCGAGGACGCUGUGUACCACACGUGCUUCUUUGGGGGCACCGAGCCGCAGGCGCUGCCACCUCCGCCGCCCCCCGCGCGCGCGAUAGGCCCGAGCUCCUCCGAGACCGCGGCGUCCGUGCUGUGUCCCGCACCCCGCUCCACGCUCAGCCGCAGCGCCAGUGUGCGGUGCGCUGGCCCGGGCGGGGGCGGCGGCGGGGGCGCGCCGGGCGCGCUCUGGACUGAGGCCCGCGAACAGGCCCUGUGUGGCGCGGGCCUACGCAAGACCAAGUACCGCAGCUUCCGCAGGCGGCUGCUCAAAUUCAUCCCCGGACUCAACCGCUCCCUGGAGGAAGAGGAGAGCCAGCUGUAGGGGCGCGGGUGGGCAGGUGGGAAGUAUUUAUUUAUUUAUUCAUCGUAACAGCCUGUGCAAAAAGUAGGGGCGGUAGUGUCGGUCCAAGGACCCCAGGAGCCCAAAGCUGCGGGAGAGGGUCCUUGCUAGCUCUGGCCCUUCUGGUAGGUUCUCUGCUGAGAAAAAAAAAAGGGAGCCUAGUUGCUUUCUGUCCUCUCUAAACCGCAGCAGGAGCUCUGCAGGGAGAAUAGACACUGGGAGUGGGAAGAGGUCUGGUGGACCAAAGAGAGCUAUGCUAGCCUAAAGUCUGGGUCAGUCGUGCCUUGUGGGGCCCCUGUCCCAAGAAACCCUCUUCUCAGCUUUACUAGCUCCCCAGCCCUUAGCCUUGGGGAGAGGAAAUCCGUGAUGGAUCAUUCCCCACCCUACAGAGACAGACAGACACACACACACACACACACACAUCAGUGGGCCCCAAGGAGGCAAGGUGCUGGUCCCCUUCCUCCAACCUUGACCCCUAAGGGCUUAACCCCUGUCCAGGGGGCUAUAACUAAGUGGGGUCCUGCCAGGCAGGGGUCCUGGGUUCUGUGCUCCUUGGGGAAUAAAAAUGAGCUCAUCAUUCAGGUGGGGUGGGGCAGCCUGGACUGUUCUACACUUUUCUGCAUAUGUUGCUUCUGAACCACAAACUGUAUAAAAUUGAUGGUUUUUUGCA